AGUUUUAAUUUUGCAGACGAUAUCAGAAAUUGCAGAAGAUAAUGAAGCCCUGCUUUGGAGAUAUGUUGUCCUUUACACUGACUGCAUUUGUUGAGCUGAUGGAUCAUGGGAUUGUAUCGUGGGAUACAUUCUCUGUGGCAUUCAUUAAAAAGAUAGCAAGCUAUGUGAACAAAUUUGCCUCGGACAUCUCUAUCUUGCAACGGUCGCUAGCAAUCCUGGAAUCGAUGGUGCUCAAUAGCCAUGACCUGUACCAGAAAGUGGCACAGGAGAUCACAAUUGGGCAGCUAAUCCCACAUCUGCAGGGGACGGACCAAGAAAUCCAGACAUAUACCAUUGCAGUAAUAAAUGCACUUUUCCUCAAAGCACCGGAUGACAAGAGGCAGGAAAUGGCAAACAUUUUGGCACAAAAGCAGCUUCGCUCCAUCAUCUUAACUCACGUUAUCAGGGCACAGAGGGCCAUCAAUAAUGAAAUGGCACACCAGCUUUAUGUUCUGCAAGUACUUACCUUUAACCUUCUGGAAGACAGAAUGAUGACAAAAAUGGAUCCACAGGAUCAGGCUCAACGGGAUAUCAUAUUUGAACUCCGAAGAAUUGCGUUUGAUGCCGAAUCUGAACCUAACAACAGCAGUGGCAGUAUUGAGAAACGCAAAUCUAUGUAUACUCGAGACUACAAAAAACUUGGGUUCAUU